CCGCGGCCGCAGCCAUGGUGCAGCAGACGGGCACGGCGGAGAACACGGAGGCGCUGCCCGCCGCCGAGACCUCGGCCGCCGGGGUCGGGCUGGAGCUGGGCAUCGCCUCGUCGCCUACGCCCGGCUCCACCGCCUCGACGGGCGGCAAGGCGGACGACCCGAGCUGGUGCAAGACGCCCAGCGGGCACAUCAAGCGACCGAUGAACGCCUUCAUGGUGUGGUCGCAGAUCGAACGGCGGAAGAUCAUGGAGCAGUCGCCCGACAUGCACAACGCCGAGAUCUCCAAGCGGCUGGGCAAGCGCUGGAAGCUGCUCAAGGACAGCGACAAGAUCCCCUUCAUCCGGGAGGCGGAGCGGCUGCGCCUCAAGCACAUGGCGGACUACCCCGACUACAAGUACCGGCCCAGGAAGAAGGUGAAGUCGGGCAACAGCUCCGCCAAGCCCGCAGACAAGGCGGACCGGGCCGCCGGCGGGGGCGGGGGCGGCGCCGGGCCCGGCGGGGGCAGCGCGGGCGGCGGCCCCGGCGGCGGCACGGCCAAACCCGCCCCGAAGAAGGGAGGCGGUGGCGGCGGCCCGCGGCCCUCCCCCGCCGGCCCCAAGCCCCACGGCAAGGCGGCGGCGGGCGGCAAGGCCUCGCCGCCGGGAACCGGCGAAACGACGGCCGCGCCCCCGCCGCCGCCGCCGCCCGAGCACCAGGCGCUGUACAAGCCGAGGGGCGCGCCGGCGGCGCCCGGCAAAGCGGCGGCCGAGAGGAAGCUGAAGCGCGUCUACAUCUUCGGCGGCGGAGGGCCGGCGGCGGCCGCCGCCUCGGGCUCUCCCGGCGGCGCCGUGCCCGGCAGCCCCACGCUGACCAGCGCGGCCGAGGCCGGAGACCCGCUGAGCCUCUACGAGGAGGCGGGCGGCGCGGCGCGGCCCGACGGGGACUGCCCCUCGCCGCCGGGCGCCCGCUCGCCCGCCGAGCACCGCGGCUACGCCGGCCCGAGGGCCGCCUCGCCCGCCCCCUCCACGGCGCGGUCCUCCUCCGCGUCCUCCCACUCGUCCUCCGCCUCCUCGGCCGGCUCCUCGUCGUCGGACGACGAGUUCGAGGACGACCUCUUGGACCUGAACCCCAGCCCCGGCUUCGAGAGCAUGUCCCUGGGCGGCUUCGGCUCCUCCGCGCUCGACCGGGACCUGGAUUUUAACUUGGAGCCCGGCUCGGGCUCGCACUUUGAGUUCCCGGACUACUGCACGCCGGAGGUAAGUGAGAUGAUCUCGGGGGAUUGGCUGGAGUCCAGCAUCUCCAACCUGGUGUUCACCUACUGAGGCGGGGCCGCCCGAAGCCGGCGGCGGCCGAGAGGACCGCGGGAGCGCUGCCCGCCGCUGUGCCACCGCCCGAGGACGGACUGAGAGGGACCGCGGCGCAGCGCGGGAGGAGGGAGCGGCGCCGUGCGGAGCUCCCGCGGGGGUCGUCGUCGCCCUCCGGAUGCGAAAGAGCGACCAGAACUGCUUGA